AUGAAACGAGAAGACAGCCAGAAGGAAGUCCCUGAGAAUGGCAUUCUGGGAAGAUACAGGAGAGCAGAAAGACAAACCCGAAUGAUGGACUCAGCACAAUACACAGAAUUUUGUGAAAGUCGUCAGCUGAGCUUCUCUAAGAAAGCUUCCAAAUUUCGAGACUGGCUGGACUGUAGCAGCAUGGAAAUAAAACCGAACGCCAUUGCCAUGGAGAUCUUAGCUUAUUUAGCCUACGAGACUGUUGCACAGCUGGUGGAUCUGGCCCUGUUGGUCAAGCAGGAUAUGGCUCCGAAAGCGGGCGAUCCUUUCAGUCACGCAAUAUCUGCGACUUUCAUUCAGUACCACAACCCUACUGAGAUGCAUGCUUUAGGGCAGAUGGCAGGUAUGAGGAGCAGCCCAGAUUCUCCUGAGAACACGCCCCCAGCCACACCCACGCCUCCUGCCUCUGGCCUCCAGCAUCUUGGGAAGACUCAGCCUGGAGCUGUGGGGAAUGGCAGCGUUCCACAGGACUCUUCCAAAACCAAGCAGCGAAAGAGGAAGAAGAGCGCUGCCGCUUGUGGUGCCGAGGCUCACAGCGAUGCCAUCCAGCCAGCCCACAUCAGAGAGGCCAUUCGGCGCUACGGCCACAAGAUUGGCCCCCUUUCCCCGUUCACGAGCGCCUACCACAGAAACGGGAUGACUUUUCUUGCUUGCUAAUGUGGAUGUGGCCAGAGCAGCCGGAAAGGCAGAGUUAUAUUAAGGUGUGUUUUUUUUCUUCCUCUCUCUCUG